CUCUGUCCUCUCCAUGCUGCCUUCUCAAAUCUUCAUCUUCACAGCUGAUGCGGAUUGUGGCGAGAACGAAUUCCUGAAAAUUAGCUGCAAUGGAAGCACCUAAUCAGUCUGAUCUGCGAUCUGAUUUGAAUCCUCAAGUCACGUACCGCUGCAAGAAAUGUCGAAGAAUCGUUGCUACAGAGGAGAUGGUUGUUCCCCAUGAACGUGGAGGUGGGCAGAAGUGUUUUAAGUGGAAAAAGAGAAGUCAUACCCAAGUGGAAAACGAGCCACCUGAAUGCUCAUCUAUUUUUGUAGAGCCCAUGAAGUGGAUGGAAUCAUUACAAGACGGUGGUGUGGAAGACAAGAUUAUGUGCAUGGGUUGUAAAACCCGGUUGGGAUCCUUCAAUUGGGCUGGCAUGCAGUGCAAUUGUGGGAAGUGGAUCACUCCUGCGUUUCAGCUGCACAAAAAUCGGAUUGAUGAAUGUCAAUUAUGAUCGAGGAUCUUAUAGCAUAUUUUUGUUAGUUUAGCAAUAUUGUCAUGAGUAUAAAGCAGUUGGUUGGUACUCUAUUUGGCAAGCUUUUAGUCUAGCAUGCUUGAGAGUCCAUCAUACACUUCUCUCCUGGUUUAAUGUUUCUGAUGAAGCCCGCUAGUAUCUUGUAAAUCAGUAAGUUGGUCGCACUUUUGCAUGUCAUGUAAUCUAGCAGGUGGGAGUCAACACGACUAAGUUUACUUGUAUACCAAAAGACGGAACUGCUAUUAGCUGAAAUUCAGAGAGAAGCAUGUUGUGGAGAUGUUUUUUGAUACUAA